CCGCUGUAUUUCCUGCUUGCUGCUGUUUCCAGCCGAAGCAAUGGCAGCAGUUCGAGCGUCCCUGCUUUAUGGAGUCCUUGCAGCUUUUAUGAGCUCAGCCGUGCAAGUCUUUGUAGAAGAUCUGGAUGACACAUUUAAAGAAAGCAGAGUGAAUGAUAUUUGGCUGGUUGAUUUCUACGCGCCGUGGUGUGGCUACUGUAAGAAACUGGAGCCCGUGUGGCACCAAGUGGGCGCCGAGCUGAGGAGCUCCGGGUCGCCAGUCCGCGUGGGAAAGAUGGACGCUACUGCUUACUCUGGAAUGGCGUCAGAGUUUGGCGUGCGUGGCUAUCCUACGAUAAAACUGUUAAAGGGGGACCUUGCCUAUAAUUACAAGGGUCCAAGAACAAAAGACGACAUUGUGGAGUUUGCCAACAGGGUGUCGGGGCCAGCUGUUCGAGCCCUCCCCAGUAAGCAGAUGUUUGAGCACAUGAUGAAGCGACACGACGUGCUGUUUGUGUACGUCGGCGGCGAGUCUCCCCUCAAAGAGAAGUAUAACGACGUUGCCACCGAGCUCAUCGUCUAUACUUACUUCUUCUCCGCCUCUGAGGACGUCUUGCCAGAGUCUGUCACCUUGCCAGAGCUCCCUGCAGUCAUCGUCUUUAAAGAUGACGCCUACUUCACGUACGAUGAGUACGAGGACGGCGGCUUGUCCGGGUGGGUGAACAGAGAGCGCUUCCAAGGCUACCUGCCGAUUGAUGGCUUCACACUGUACGAGCUUGGAGAGACAGGCAAACUGGUGGCGAUUGCAGUCAUCGACGAGAAGGACCCCACAGAGGAGAGUGACAGAUUAAAAGCCAUGAUUCAGGCGGUGGCGAAGGAAUACAGAGAGCACUUUAACAGAGACUUCCAGUUUGGACACAUGGACGGGAACGACUACAUCAACAGCCUCAUCAUGGGAGAAGUGACUGUGCCCUCAGUUAUCAUCCUCAACACAUCCAACGAGCAGUACUUCCUGCCCAGCCAGCCCACAGAGACCAUGGAGCAGCUGGUCCAGUUCAUCAGCAGCGUUUUGAACGGUUCUGCACAGGCACACGGAGGUGACGGCUUCAUUCAGAGGAUCAAACGUGUGGCGUUUGACGCCAGAUCCACAGUUAUGGCGGUUCAGGUUUUGCUGGUCAUCUUGUGCUCAGUUGCAGCGUCCGACGCCCGCAGCCAACCUGACCUUGGUUUCAUUCAGUGUGGAUGGCGUCCACUUUGACGGGCUGGACAGCAGCCAGCGCACACCUGCCAUCCACGCAGAGGACCACGGCGGUCAGCAGGAGGACACGGCGUUGGCACAGAUCCACCUGCCCGUGGAGCCCAACGCUGCUCCCAGCGCCAACUGAAUCUGUCUGGUUGGUUGGCAGCGCAGUGGAUGUGCCAUCCACAUACAAGACCCCAGUAGUACUAGUAACAGCAGCACAGCAAGAGUAAAACGGGUAGAAAUAAAGAAAAAACUAUUUUAAAAAUCUAUACAUCUCAGGGAAAAGAUGUUAGCACGGCUAGCGUAGCACGAAGGUCACAGGUUAAACAAAAGGGUCAGGUUAUUUGGAGAGAUUUUCCCGGGAUGCCUUAACAUUUUGCCCCGUUUUCCUGUAUUUCAACUUUAUUUUUUUCUUUUUUUUAAAUCCACGCUUGAGCCACAGCAAUACGCAUUCCCACGAAAAUGUCCCGUAUUUUGAAAUGUUGACAGGUCUGCUGUGAAUGCCACACUCUAGACCGGGGGUGUCCUAAAUGUGGCCCUCGGUACAACAUAGAAAUUCAAUGAAAACCAAACAUAAAUGAAUGAAAGAUAAAAACAGCAGGAUGUGAAGAGAAAAAGCGAAAAUGAUACAACAGUCCGUCCCUCAUCACUUGGCGCUUUGUGGUUUCACUCUCAUGGGUUUGCAGAAAAAUAGAUGAAUAAAUCAGCACUGUUUUUGUGGUUGACUUAUGACCUAUUGGUCAAAAAGGUCAUUUUCAAUUUUAGCCCUAAACUGGCCAUUUUCAAGCAUAAAAAUGUCUUAAAGAACGUUGAUAUGUAGUAUUCCACAUUGGUCACUGGGUGUCAGUAAUGUUACGUUGAAUAGCCUCCGCAGGAAGGACUGUGAUGAUGCGACUCCUCCAAUGCUAGCCUGCUAGCCAUAUUAUGUCUUAUGCAGGUCAUAAAUGGCGUAUUUUCUAUCCUAUAUGGAUAAUACAAGUGUAAAGGUGACUAUAGGGGUGCUAUUUCAUGUCUAGAGGGCUCUAAUGUAAAAAAACAGUAUCGAGCUUUUGAUUGGAGAAUGGAUUUCAGAGCAUGGAGAGCUGGUAGUAUCGCUAUGUCAGUAUGGCUCCGCACAUCACCAGUUAGAAGUGGCGAAGUACAGGCAUGUCCACGUCUACAGCUGACAACAGUUGGCAGAUUUCGUUUUAAGAUGUGUAGUGAAGCUUGUUUUUAUUUUUAACAAGUGGUACAAGGUUUUGUCUCAAAAAGCCACUCUUCUCUCUCACACAACGUGGACACAUUACUGUUGGGAGGCCUAAAAAGAAUCCCGCACCCACCGACAUUUUUUUUUUUUAUUGUGUGACCCAUUUCUUUUGCAUGAACAAGUUGUUAAGAGGCACUUUAAGUUAUUCAUUCAUUCAUUGCACUGGAAUUAAAAAAAUUUGUAAAAAGUUACAAAUACCUGAAAAAACACUUUUUGGUCCAACAUUUUUGCAUAGAAACAUCACCUGAAAUUACUUAAAAAGACAAAGACUUUGACGUUGCUGCUGUCCUGUAGUGGAUGAAAACUAUUUGGACCUAAAUGCCUGCUUAGGCGUUAAAAACGAUUAGAAAUGGCGCAGAUGUUCUUUGGGUUAUAGCUUGUAAACAUUAGCAGCCAUGUUGGAAUUGCCAUCAAGUACACAAGGGAGGUAUUGCAUUGUUGAUUUUAGCUUUUCCUGUCUCAUACUCCUGACGUGAUGGUGGCAGCCACUGGGUGGGUGGGUUUUCACGCACGCACACACUGUUACAAAGGCAUUGCUACUCGGCCAGGAGUGUGCUAACUUGUUUCCACCUGUGCGCAUACGGAAAAAUCAACACGUAGCGUUUAGUAACAAAAAGAAAACGCUAAAAACUGUUGUACAUUGAAAGAUGUGUCAGCUUUGUGGUAUAGCUGAUAGUCUGGUAGUCUGGUAAUGCAUGAGGCCUUUUUCCUGAUUUUUUUUUUUUUGUAGUUAAUUUCGCAAAGUGCCGUGGGCUAAGAAAAAAGAUAGUCGGCUCGUGGCCCCCAGGCCACAACUUUGGACACCAUUGUGUAAUGUGAGGUACACAUGCAUGUAUCUCUUUACUAAGAUGGUCAUGCUCACAUUUGGUGGAUGAAUAUUACAUUAUUUUAUAUAAAUUGGAUUGUUUUGAUCAUUUUUUUAUACUAUUUUAGAUUCAUGUAAUUUUAGUUUUAAUCAUUUUUUAAAUUUGUUUAAAUAAUUGUAGUUUUAAGAAUUGUUUAUAUAAUUGUUUCGCUUUAGGUUGACAUAAUUUUCACAAUUUUUUUAUCAUUUGUGUAGAUUUAUGUUGAAAUUUUCUUUAAAUUUGGGAUGAUUCUUUGUGUAGAUUUGUGAGAAUUUUAUCAUUUUAGAUUUUAUUUUUUUUUUAUAUAAUUUGUUGAGAUUUAUGGAUAUACAUUAUAUUUCUAACUGAAUGGCAGUGGUGUCCAAAGUGCAGCCAACAGGCCAUUUGUCACUGAAUUAGUUAGAAAACUGACCAAACACCCCCCCCCCCCCCCCCCCCAAAAAAAAAUGGUUGAAACGCGCUUCACCUACAACACAAAUAUACUUAUUCAAAAGUACAAAUUAAAAAUAUAAAAAUGGUGGCCACAUUCUUGAAUUUUUCAGUGUACAGCGGCCCUCGGUGGUCAAAGUUUGGACAUCCCUGUUGUGGCAUCCCUGUUGUGGCCCUUGAUGGUGGCUGAUGUGCAGUGUUAGAUGUAAAAAAGAAUAAAAGGUGUGUGUGUGUGUGUGUGUGUGUGUGUGUGUGAAGUCACCCAGUGGCUGUGUCAUGCAGGCUAUUAGUUGUGCACCCUGUCCUCCAGAGCCUUCAGCUCAGCCUCCACCUUAUCAGGAAGGUCAGCCCCCACCUGCUGGCUGAAGUACGCCCUCAGCUCCUUGGUCUCGUUCUGCCAGAAAUCCAGGGGCACGUCAAACAGGGCACCCAUGUCCACGCUGCCGCCCAGGCCCUCUGUGUUGAUGGCGCCGUCCUCCGGCAGCCAGCCGAUGGCGCUCUUCUUGGCGGCCUGGUCCUCCCGCCCUCGGCCGCAGCGCUUGAAGAUCCACUCCAGCACGCGGGCGUUCUCGCCGAAGCCCGGCCAGAGGAAGGCUCCGCUGGUCGGGUCCUUGCGGAACCAGUUGACGUGGAAGAUCUUGGGCAGGUGAGUGGGAGCCUUUCGUGUCUCCAUGCUCAGCCAGUGAGAGAGGUAGUCGCCGAAGUUGUAGCCGAAGAAGGGCCGCAUGGCGAAGGGGUCGUGCAUGAUCACCUUGCCUGGAAGGAACAUCCGCAAAGUCUUGGCUUUGGCUUAAGAUUGCAACCAAAAAAAAAAGAUGUAUAUGUAGAUAUGUACAGUCAAACCUGUCUUAGCGACCACCUUUAUAGAACAGCCACCUGCCUAUAGCAGCCACUGCAAAAUCCCCCGCAGCAAAUUUACAUGUUAUAGACCCUGUGUAUAGCAGUCACCUGUCUAACGCAGCCAGCGGCCACUCAUUUUGUCUCCCUUGGCCAAUAUCUGACUGCAUAUCGCGGCCAAAUUACCAUCUCAAGUAGAAGCUUCAUGCACGAAAAAGUUUCGUUUUUCAGUCAAUGAAGCCGUCGUGUGUAGACUUUAAUGAGUCCUAGCUCAGUCACAAUCAUUCACAAGAUCCACACAAACUGUCAGUUGUUCCACAUAAAAAAGCCGUCUUCUUUUGAGCUUGCCAUUUCCUGGUCAAACAUGUAACUUUAAGAGCAUUUGCACCAAAACAUUACCGCAAAGUAGGCUGGGAACAGGACGUGCUCCCAGUGACACUACAACAAAAAAAAAAACAUACGCUAGCAUGCAUGUGGCGGCGGGAGCAAAACUGAGUUCGGUUGUACUUAAUUGAAGUAUUUUAGAAUGUACUCACGUUAUUUUUCAUCAAUCCUCAUCCACAAAUCCAUCAAAGUCCUCAUCUUCUGUAUUCGACACAAAAAAAGCCGUCUUUUCCGUUCGCUACUAGUCCGUUAACUUGUCAGUGUUAUUCAGCUCCGAAGCAAAGAAGGAAACUUCUCCUGUUUCUUCUGCCAACUUUAUUUAUUGAACGCGGCCACCAGACAGCAGCUCAGAACACACACACAUCUCUCAGCAUCGUCUCUCCUUCCUGCUUGCCCACAAGGCAAAGGUUAAACAAGCCCCACUACAUAGCUGUCCAGCCAAUGCCUGUAAGAAAUGACACCGUUUAUUUCCUUGUGUGCACUGGUCAAUACUGUAAUGCCGCUUGUUGUGGGUCACUUCCUGAUGAACUAAAGCUGUAAUGACACUCUGCCGUAUAAAAAGUAAAAUAUUAAAAACAAGCGUAAGACAUUACUAGCACAGCUUUGUUCUGUGGGUCGAGGAUAUAUUCUAUCAGUUAUUAAGCCUCUAGCUUCCUUUUAGUAAGUAAAAACCUUGGCUAUGAUUGCACUAAAUUGUCAUGUAGACCUACAAAGUACACUUGGAAGAACAAGAGGUGAAUAAAUGGAUUGCAACUGAUGUGAAACUGAUGAGGGGUAGGAUUAAAUAAGCUUUGCUUCUUCCGACUCCU